GGGUAAUAAAGGAGCGCUCAUGCUGUGGGAAGUGAGGAUACUAAAUCUGGACGAUCGUAGGGAAAAAGCACGAUACAUUGUUGUUGUUCGCACUCGAUGUUGUAGGGGAAUCAUUAAUAGCGUCUUCAGACCAUUUCGAUACGGUUAGUGUCUCUGCAUUAAUCUCACUCGUGCCGACUCACAUACUGCAUUCAACUCACUCAAGAUUAAGAAGAUACUGACUGUAGGACAUACAAUUUAUUAGAACAUACGAGAAAGGGCAAACUACUUUUUACUACUAUUAUUUAUUAGACCAUUAGGGUAAACUACUACUACUACGCACAACUACUAAUACUAGAAAUAACCAUACAACAAGCAAGAGGAUAAGCUUAGGUACUCGCAUUACCCGUUCACUAGAUACGAACCAGAAUAGUGAUUCUUAGAAAGUACGCGAAGGAACUACUUCGCGAUAUAAUUAUAGUACGACGAGAAAGAUGCUGAGAAUGAAAAUGGCAAGCGCGAAGAUGUAUGCGUCUUGGGCACACGUAUUUUACAACCUGUUGAAGAUGGCCGUCGCACCGUGGAGCUUCAUCCACCUUGGGGGUGUGCUUCAGGGUGUGCACGCAGCUGGGCAACUAUUUCUUGGCGCGACGACAUCGACAACAACUACAAGCAGUGCCAAGAGUCUUCAAGUAGAAACUAUGGCUGGCUCUCUUGACAAGGAGAACUACAGUCGUGGGAGUAAAGAUUCGCUUCUUCUGUCGCCACACGCUAGUGCCGUGACAGGCACAGGGCGCCUCGAUUGGGAAGACAACACAUCCGAUGAGGACAUGGCGUCCAACGUGGGGGCCGACCUUUCUCUUGCGGGAACGGGAAGAAUGGCGUCUCAUAGCAACGUAGAUGCUAUUCUAGAAGCGAUGAAUGAAGGCAGCCAGGAAGUGGAAAGGUCUCAAACAUGUCGCGAGUCUGAGAAGCGAUUGGGUGGAUUGCCCCUUGGAUUGCCCCAGCCGGGCUUUCUUUGUGUGCAAGAUCACCUCCAUGGUGAGACAGCACGUUCCCCAUCUCAGCAGCAAGAACUACAGACACCAAGUCGUACUGUGCGGCGACGCCUGUCAACUCCUGGCCUAGCAGCUGUGCCAACUAGUGAAGAAAAAAGUCGCCUUCUCCCGUUCUUUUACGAACACAGGCCUCACAUGUUACUGCUUUCAGAAUUUCUCAAUCCGUCAGAUAGACUGGCGCUGUGUCAAGUAGCCCAGCAAUGUUGUGGUCGUAAGGAUGAGACUGCAGACGCAGAGAACCAAGGAAACCAACAUGAAGAUCUUCAUCAAGAUGGGCCACAAGGUCACGUCCUCCAACUAGAUGGUCAUGAUCUUGAAGAUCAUGGUGGACAAGUACUAGGUCUUCACGUCCAACAAGAUGAUCUACAAGAUUUUGAGACAGUGCGUUGCCGGGAAGCUGCUUUGUUUUGCGAUGAUGUGGGACAACGUUUGGGUCUGAAAGGUGCAAUUCCUGAGCAGGGUCCUGCUUAUCUACCAGGCAAUCCGCCACGUGCGAUCUUUGCGAGUGUUAAGAACUUGUAUUUACUUGAUUUUUUUUCGAGAACAGUCAGAGCCUAUGUCUUCAUCUAUCUGCCAUACUAGACUGUGAUGUGCACUGGUUUCGUACGUAAGUGAUCAAAGAGGAAGAUCAACACCACGUGCCACACCUCUAACCCAAACGGAAAAGCUUUACAUCCUGAUGGCAAGCGAAUGAAGUUUGAAGACGCGGCCGCCCUUCCCCCUUCCGGUCAACCGGUUUUCUAUUAAGGCUACCGCUGAAACAUCCUCAGCCUCACCACCAUCCCUGGCUCUUUUUCUACUUGAAAAGGAAGCCAAGGAUGCCCUGAGGGAUGCCAGCGUGACGGCUCUAAUUCUACCGUCGGGAGUCUUCACCUUUUGCUUCAUAUGGAUCUGGGCUAUCUGCAUCGAGCCCUUUUUCGUCAGCUCCUCCACUACCUUUUGGGUCUGGGUCUAGUCCGUUUUUAUCGACUCCGUUCCCCUCGUCCAGUUCCACUGCUGCGAUUGCAGAAGCUGCCGUAUACGGUCCGACGAGUGCUUCCCUGAAUACAUUGAUUAUGGACCUCCUACUUAAGUAGUACAGUAUCGACACGUGCUGAAAUGAGCGCAUAGAUUAUGUUGACCCACCUUAUAUUAUGUUACAAAUACAGUACUACAUUCUGUUUUAUCCGGCUUCAUUUACUCUUUCUUGUUUGAAUGCCAGCCAAAUGCCUAGCUCUAAGCUCUUGUCUCUCGCAGACCAACAGCAGAAACGUUGGGAAGAAGAAUCUCGCUCCUGUAUGUUAGGUCAAGACCAAGCGUCCUAUGCUAGUCAAGCACAUGGGGCUUCAUCUUGGUCGAGCAGUUCGAGCGCACCUUCUACGAGCCAAUGCCCUCCUGCGGUAGCAGGUGGCUCUGCUGCUCUUUUUAUAAGUCAGGAGCAGCAAAAAUGCUUUGAGGAAAAAUUCUUGAGACUCAUGGGAGCGUAA